CCCAUGGCUCUCAGUCUGAGGCGGAGAGUGCAGAGCUUUGCUGUUAGCUGUUUAAUUCCACUUAUGUUACGGGUGUUGUGCGUCUAUUCAGAUGAAGCUCCUCCUCCUCAAUUUCAGCUAUAAACACAGGAAUUUUCCCAUCAGGCUCCAGUGAAGAGUUUAUUGACGGACAGCGAGAACAUGAGUGAUCCAGAACCCUGCAAAAUUAAAAAUGAAGACUCUGAACAACAAAUAGACCUAAUUGAAGAGAAUGAGGGGAGUAAAGAGGAGAAACAUCAUGUCAAAAUUGAGGAAAAAGCUCAUUUAGAGACUGAUGGUAUUUUAAAAAAGAGAGGCAAAAAUCGUUUCACCUGCACUCAGUGUGGAAAGAGUUUGGCAGACAAAAGCAAACUUAAGAUUCACAUGAUGAACCACACUGGAGAGAAACCAUUCACAUGCACUCAGUGUGGGAAGAGUUUCAGCCAAUCAUCACACCUUAAUCAACACAAGAGGAUCCACACUGGAGAGAGACCAUUCACAUGUUCUCAGUGUGGGAAGUGUUUUAAUUGCUCAUCACACCUUAAUAAACACACAAGGAUCCACACUGGAGAGAGACCAUUCACAUGUUCUCAGUGUGGGAAGAGUUAUAACUGCUCAUCACACCUUAAUAAACACAUGAGGAUCCACACUGGAGAGAAACCAUUCACAUGCACUCAGUGUGGGAAGAGUUUCAUCCAAUCAUCAUCCCUUAAUAAACACAUGAGGAUCCACACCGGAGAGAAACCAUUCAUAUGCACCCAGUGUGGGAAGAGUUUCAGCCAAUCAUCAUCUCUUAAUCAACACAUUAGGAUCCACACUGGAGAGAAACCAUUCACAUGCACUCAGUGUGGGAAGAGUUUCAGCCGAUCAAUGUUCCUUAAUAAACACAUGACAGUCCACACUGGAGAGAAACCAUUCACGUGCACUCAGUGUGGGAAGAGUUUCAGCCAAUCAUCACACUUUAAUCUACACACGAGGAUCCACACUGGAGAGAAACCAUUCACAUGCACUCAGUGUGGGAAGAGUUUCAGCCAAUCAUCGAACUUUAAUAAACACAUGAGGAUCCACACUGGAGAGAAACCAUUCACAUGCACUCAGUGUGGGAGAAGUUUCAGCCACUUAUCACACCUUAAUCAACACAUGAGGAUCCACACUGGAGAGAAACCAUUCACAUGCAUUCAAUGUGGGAAGAGUUUCAGCCAAUCAUCAUCCCUUAAUCAACACAUGAUUAUCCACACUGGAGAGAAACCAUUCACAUGCACUCAGUGUGGAAAGAGUUUUACCUGCUCAUCAUACCUUAAUAUACACAUGAGGAUCCACACUGGAGAGAAACCAUUCACAUGCACUCAGUGUGGGAAGAGUUUCAGCCGAUCAUCGUCCCUUAAUCUACACAUGAUGAGCCACACUAGAGAGAAACCAUUUACUUGCACUUAAGCCACGGUCACACUGGACUUUUCUUCCCAUAGACUUUCAUUCAUACGCAUGCGAAUGAGUCAGGUUGGAAACCAAGUUUGUGCGUCAAGUUUCGCAGUUCACUGCGUUCCAAAGUUCAAGCUUGGUUAACUCUGACCUACGAAAUCACAUCACUUGACUGUGUGAGACCAAUCGAAGAUCAAAACAUGACCUCUCUGGAAAAAAAUGUAAAAUAUGGACCAAUCGCUCACUUUUCAAUGUCUAAUCAUCUUGUUUAAUCCCGCCCCUUUUUGCAGCGCUGUACAACAGAAUUUCGCAUGCUCAAACUCUAGUGGGACCGCAGCUUCAGUGUGGGAUGAGUUUCGGCAACUCUUCAGAGCUUAAAGGGCACCUAUGGUGAAAAAUCUACUUUUUAAGCUGUUUGGACAGACAUGUGUGUAGGUAUAGUGUAUAGACCGUCAUACUGGGGUGAUAUAAACACACCCAGUCCUUUUUUUUUCAAUUUAAAAACAUAAAAACGGUGGACCAAUUGGAGCGGUUUUCAGUGCGACCGCAACUUGACGUAGGAGUGCGGUCCCCCCACCCACCAAUAUUGAUUGACAGGUGUUAUUACCAUAUUCUCGGUUUGUUGUUUCAUGUCCGCCAUUUUCAGCGUGUGAGUCAAAGCGAUAUCACUAAAGGAACACCCUUGCUCUAUUUUUAGAUGCAAGGCUCAUUGGGCUCAACACAAGAUCAGUAUUCUACACAUUAUCGCUCUAAUCGUAAUUAUUGUUUGUACCUUUAGGUAGGUUUGCAAACAUGUGUACUUUUCAUUGUGUCUACCUAAAACUGCAGGCGUUCGCAUUUCUCACGUUCACAGAAGCUCCCUUUGAUCAUAACUAGGUGCAGCUGUAAAGUGCAUUCACGGUGCCUCAAGUGCGCGUCUCUCCAUUGGAAAUAAUAUAACUAACUUGCCUGCAGGUCGCACACCAGAAGCGCCGUCGCGGCACCCAGCACGAUUCGGGACACUUCAUGUUUCGCUCAUUCGGCGCAGCUUAAGAAACACAUGGACAAAAAGUUGCACACAUGACAUGAAUACAGCAAAACAUUCUCAUGUGCACAGGAUGUUUCGUGUCUGAAUAUUGUUUGAAAAGGCUGAGUGACGGUAUACUGUUUUCCAACACUCCUACACUGCAGUAGGUGGGGUUGUAAAUGUGUUGUAAUCUUUGCGUUUAUCGUAAACAAUGAUGGUGGCUGAGAGAAGAACAGUUUCAUAAACAUCUGACAAACGGCAAGUGAUUGUACAGGUGCGGAUACAUCUGUACUCUACUCUCCAGUGUAUUCAUGUAGCUAGUGUUGUUUUGGAUGAUGUUCUCUGUCUGACUCCCUGAAUGAGAAACAUCACUUGAAAGACACCGCUCAUCAAAGAAGGUGGAGCUCCAGGAUGGUUAGUUUGCAGUAUACCAGGGCCUCAAGUUUAGAAAGCCCAUUCAAUUGUCCUGUGUUGCAUGUUUUAUUAGUAAAGUUUCUUUACUUUUAGGUUCAAGAUUCUUUCUAGUUUACUACAUGUACUUUUUUAAGUAGAAUACAAACUUGAUGAAUAUUCUAUUAUUUAGGCAGAGUGACGGGUAUUAAGUUUUACAAUAUUAAUACACUGUGAUGAUCCCAAGACUCCAGACUGGAGUAUGUGGUAAAUCCUGAUUGGACGUCUGCAUUACUCAUCAAUGGGUAUAUAAAAGUUGUUGUGCUAGCUACCCCAGGGCGCUGUGGCUACUCAGGAGUCCUCAUGUCAGGACCUGCCAUUUCAUUGACUCUUUAACCUUAUGGUUUUGUUUUGCAUUACUUGUAUCAUGUAGUUAAAGUGUUGUUGUGAUUAUAUCCUAAGUUCUUUAUCUUCAGUAUUAUCCCUAGACAUUUGUUGGUUGCUUUGAUUGAUCGUUCUAGGAGUUACAUUUUAUAAUAAAUAAUUUGCA